UCUCCAUUGUGUGCAAACGUUCUGUAUUGUACGGUUGGCAUUUCGAGACAAGGAUAAAGCGAUUGUUUUAAAGAGAAGAAAAACUGGGUUUUAUUCUGUAUAUUUCGGCUGAUCUAUACCGAAGAUUGAAUCCUGGUUUCCAUCGGCGAAGAAUAUGAAAGAAAAUGGAUAAAUUCCGGCAUAUAUGGAGGGGGCAGCUGUUGGUUGGUAUGAGAGAUAUUGGCCAAGCGACAAUAUGGACUACCAACAACAGCUACUUGCCCCCCAUCGGUUGGAACCUGAAAAUGACCUAUAUAACUGAAUAUUCUGACCUCUGGAGUAAAGUGUUGGAGUCCGAGCCCACAGUCUUGAGCCAGGAUUCAUAUACAAAGAUCAAGGACAAGUAUGUAUCGAUCUUCACCAUCACUUCAUCCACGCCAGAGUUUCUUCAGUUGACGAAAGAGUUGAAUCAGUUCAACAAGGCCCGAAUCAUACUGGCUGUGAUACCAAAGGACACGGAAAUUACAUUAAUUCCCCGCUGUAAGGAGACUAUGAGGCUAGGGAUGUGGGAACCUCCUGAGGAAUACCAUCCCUUCCUCUACAUGUUGAUGAUUUCCAAGAUUUCUCCAAAGAAGGCCAUGAAGCAGCAUAAGAAACAUUAUCUGCAGGUUAUGUCUCAGAUGAAUCUGUCUUCAUCAACACCUUCUUUGAUCAAGGAGAAGAAAACAGACAAGGAACAACCAAAGAAGGACAGUAGAGGACACCAUGAUGACAAAAACAACAUAAAAUCAAGGAAGACGGACCACUCAAGAGACACCAAUGACCUGGUGGACACUGCUCAUGAAACCGAGACAGAUGAGAAGGUGGACAGAGAAAGGAGGAAGAAAGAAAUGCAUGACCCAUAUUCAAGUGGUGGCAGAGGUAAGUGGAAUCAUGAACACGGACCAAAAGAGAGCAGGAAACGAGAUAAAGAGCGAGACAAGGACAGGACAAAAGAUAAAAGAGAAGACAGACAUAUAAAAACUGCUCAUUAUGACAAACAUAGGAAAGAGAGGAAGAAUGAGAAGGAAAAUGAUGAAGAUCAAAAAAGCAAACCGAGAAGAGAAGAAGAAAAUGAGCAAGGAAGUAAAGCAUCACAACAGAAAAUAGAGAAAGGGGAAAAAUAUAACCAGCAAGAGAAAGAUGAAAAGAGUAGGGCGAGUCCAGAAAAAAAGUCAGACAGCUCACAAAAAGUCCACCAAGAGGUCAACAUCAAACAAAAAGCAAGUAAAAGUGACGUGAUGGAAAAAAUUAGGAAAAAUGAGGAAGAGAAAGUCAAAACAGUUGAAUCCUUACUUAAGUCUGCCAUUAAGACUGAAUUAUGGCCAAAAGAUCUCAAUCCAAUCAACAUUGAAAUCAAGGAAGAAGUGGACAACUCUGGGAAAUCCCAAGGAAAAUUUCCACAGAAGUCAGAAAAGGCUUUUGACAAGAAGAGCUUACUAGACACAAAAAAACUGAACUUGAUCUUUAGUUCCAAAGACAAAAAAAGACCCGAUAUAAUUAAGCCAAGCAUGCUGAAGAGGAGUUUCAAGGGGGAAUUAGACAAAGCCUUGAAGACUGUCACACCCGACCUUAUUGCAUCUUCAGAACUUUCUUGCAAACUUCCUGGAACCUGCAUCAGAGAGUCCAAGAUCUCUGAUGCCAAGAAGACAAAUAGUUCUGUUAAGAGUAUUCUCAAGGGCACUCUUAAGAAAUUUACAUCAUCUGAUGAUCCAAAGAAAGGGUCAAAAGAAAAAGGCGAAGCAAAAUCAGAGGAAGAGAAAGGAAUUUUUCAAGGAGUUGAGGAAUUCUGUGCACCAAGAAGUAGGCAUAGUGACAAAAAUGAUCUUGAUUAUUCUGACAGCAGUAUUAGGACAAAAGAGGAACUUCACAAGAUUCAGGAGAGAACAUCUGCGGUGUCAGAGAAAAAUAGUCUUGCCUCCCCUAGGCCUACAACUUCUGCUCCUCCCUGCGAAAAUGAAGAAAAAGAUAAAGAUCAAGGGAAUACACAGCAAAAUGAAGAGGAUGGAACUGAAAAUCACAGAGAUAAAGAGAUGGAAAAAGAUAGCAAAAGCAAUGUAAAGGAUGCUUUAGAUAACUUCAGAGAAUUCAUCAACACCAAAUUUGCCAAAAAGCGAAAAUCAGAAUGCACAGAAAAGUCCCUGCAGAUGUUGCAAAGCCCAAGCAAAAAGCCUCGAAUCAUUGACUUGUCAGAAAGCCCAAAAGGAAACCUCUUGAAUACACCACAAACUUCAUGCUAUUCAAACAUAUUUAGAAAUAUAAAACAUAAGUACAAAAAAUCCCUUCAUUCAAGGCAAUUCCCAGAAAUUGCAACCACAGAUCAGGUAAGAAGAGACACAUCUCAAAACAUAAUUGGUGAUGCCAGUAUACGAUCCAGUAAUCCUGAAUUAGUGGAAUUAUCUACCAGUUCUGAAACUGCUUAUUCUAACAUUUUGAGAGAAGCAGGGCAAGAUGAUUUUCCAGUUAAAAGUAUGCAGUGUAUUGAAGAUGCAAUUCAAGAUAUUACAACUGAAUCAAAUGACCUAUUUCUUCAUGGAAACAAGCCACUAGACCUAUCCUAUCAUGGAAAUGAACCAUUAGAUCCACCCUGUUGUGAAUCUGAGUUAUUGAACUUAACCAUUCAUGAAACUAAGUCUGUAAGAGAAACUGAAGCUGGUGUAAUAGAGGGAGAUGAUUCAUUGGCAGAAACCGUAUCAUGGAAAGGUGUAGCAGACCCAGAGACCACUGUUCACAAGACACCCUGCAGUGAGAAAGGGAAACAGUACAUUCUUGAAAUGUUCCUUCACUCGGUGCCAGAUGGGACAGGUGCCAGGCACCAGAUAUCAGAUGAAUCGUUAAUUGCUACACAAGAGCUUUCUCAAAUCCAAAAUUUGGCAAGCAAUGAAAGUGUAAAGAACCAAAAGGUAUUUGGUGACCAGAAUAUUCUCCAAAAUAACACUGCUUUGAUUGAUAAGGAAUUAAUACAAAAGGAUUCUACGUUUGUGUAUCAUAAAGAUUACUUUUGUCCAGAGGCAGCAAAUGUUUGGCCUUAUCAAAUUCAAUAUCCAGUGCUUUCAGAUCAAAUUCAAAGUCCUGCUAAGCUUGCUAAUGAUGAUCACUUUUCAUCUUGUAUUAAAGACUCUAUAUCAAGUCAAACUGGUAUCCCUAACCAAGACUUUAGUCCAGGUCACAGACAUUUAGACCAACCAGUAGAUCAAUCACCAUCUGGUCAGCUGUAUAUAGAUGAUCAACACUUUACUCCGUAUCAGAAUAAUGACCAUGCAGCAGUGGACCUUAGAAUAUUACUUUCAGGAAAACUACCAGUGUCUGGUGAAUAUUUUACCACAGAUCAGAUGAUAGACAGUGUUAAAUCUCCAGACAGCAAGGAGUAUCCCAUAGCAAAACAGUUCCCAAGUCCUGAACACAGCUUUUCAGAUGCAGCAGCACAUUCCUCCCCAAGGAUGGUUUUAGUUGAUGUUAUUAAGGAUGAGUUAAAGAAUAAGGCUCCAAUAAUUCAUCCCUUACCAGGUUUACCUCCUUUAACUCGGUUGUCUGAUUUGGUCCCUCCUCUAAUGAAGCGGAAACCCAUUCAAGAUCCUUCAGUGUUGGGCCUAGGAGCAGAAUCUAAAUCUUGUUCAUCUUCCAACUGGUUAGCAGCUGUUCCUGGUAAUUCUAGGUCAUCUGUGAUUGGAGAAAGUCCUAGUCCUAGAAGAGAAGUCAGCUGUAGUGGAUUGAAAUCAAGUGAGAUCAUUAAUAUCUUUAACCAGAAGGACCAUUCAGAACCAGAGAGUUUCCAAGCUAGUGCAUCCCAAGAAGAAUGCCUUGCUUCCUGCAGUUUGGAAACAAUAGAGCUGAAUAAUUUUAAUACAUCUCUGAAGAAUCUCUCCACAGCUGUUGCUGACGAAAAUCAUGCAUUGAAAAUUAGGUCAGGUUUAGACAGAUUGCCAGAUGCACCGAUGAAGGAACAGUGUCUCCUAAAAAACAGUUUUGCAUCUUCAAAUUUGAAUAAGUCAUCUGUUUCACAUGAUGUAUAUAGUCAGAGUAACAGUUCAAUCUUUGAAACAUGUAAUUCAUUUGUAAAUGCAAAAAGUACUUGUAGAGAACCACUGGUACUACAGCAGCUUAAAAGGAAAAUUAAUCUUUGGCAAGAUAGUCUAAAUUCAAAAUCAAAUAUAACCUUGAAUAAAGGCAUUGCAGCUCUGGCAGAAUUCAUAAAAAAGCCAACACCCAUUCCUUCUGAAGUAAGAAAAGAAACAGUUUUUCCAGAAGAUGAAGUAGGGAAGUCAAGCCUUCGUAUGAAGAAGGUAUUGCUCAACAACCUGUUAAAUCCUAGUGAAAAAAAUCUGCAGCUGGAUAAACCGUUUUCAAAGAAAGUUGUUGCAGUGGAAUGUAAAGAAAAGUGUUGUGAUAAUACAAAAGCUUGCCUUCCCAAACCACUUUCACAGGAUAAGUACCCUUUCCUAGAUAGUGUAAAGGACUUCAGAGAAGAAAUCCCAGAACAAAGAAAAUUGAUAGAAAACAAGAAGGUUCUUCUUAAUCUUCUUAAACCGUCUGAACUCAUUUGGGAUGAUGCUGUGACAGACAUUUCAAAAUCAACUUUUCAGUCCUCAAAGUACAUACAUUUGUUGGAUGCAAGUGAAAGUGAUGUGUUAAAGAUAAAGUUUCUUUGUCGAGCACAUCAGUUGACCUAUGCCACCUUAGAUGAACUUAUAAGAAAUGGAGGUUACAUGCUUAUCCAGCACAGUUUUGUAGAUAAGUUGUUAUCAUCUCCACACCUGAUAGUUUGGUGUGCUCAGCCAAAUAUCAAGUUUGGUGUUUAUACAUCUCUGUCAUCACUAUCAAAAAAUAAUGUUUGUCCAGUGAUGACUUCCAAAUGGUUGCUGCUCCUCCAUCACACAGCUAUGGUGGAUCCAUUGCUUGUGACAGUAUUGGAGCAAGAACUGAAAGACUUGAACAGGAGUACUUCUGAUCACCCCCAUAUUGUCAUUCCUAUCCUUACCCUUAAGAUUUGCUAUUGCAGCCUUUUGAAUAGUGCAAGAGCAGAUGCAGUGGAACGUUCAGCAUGCAAAAUUCUUCAGAAGAAUCUUGUUCUCCUCACCAAAUGCUUGAGCAGUGGAGCAGCAAAGCUUAUUGAUGAAAAUUGCAGCUGGGGAGUAGUCGGACCAGAAUCACCCAUCCAUAUACACAUAAAAUGCCUCAGAGUCAUCCACUAUAACUUCAAAUUGGCUCACCGGCAAGCUUUGCUUCUUGUUGGUGAGAAAGUCCCAUCAUUAUCUGUUAAUGAUCCAUUCUACAAAGUCCAGACUGUCAGGAAAUUUGUGGAAACAAAAUAGUAUAUAUUAUAAGGGAUAGUAUUGAAUUUUUUAUUAUUUUGAU